AGUUUCAUUGAGCGGAAUUAGCCCGGAUGACAUCAGCUUCCCAGCCCCCCGGGCGGGCCCAGCUCAUUGGCGCGGCGGCCCCUCCAGGACCCGCACAUUGUUCCCCGCCCCCGCCUCGGCCACCGCCGCCGCGGUCGCCGCCGCCACCGGGCUAUAAAAAACCGGCGGAGCCCCGAAAGGUGCGGAUGCUUAUUAUAGACCAACGCGACAUCACCGCCCGGAGCCCGGUUCUCCACUGCGGCUUUUGGGAAGGAGCUCCUCUAAGUGCAUCCACAGAGGCCUGCGCAAAGCUCCGAGGGCCGAGGGAGGGAGGGAGGACCCCGCGAGAGCUGCGACUAUCCCUCGGGGCCAUGGACUCGGACGCCAGCCUGGUGUCCAGUCGCCCGUCGUCACCAGAGCCCGAUGACCUUUUUCUGCCGGCCCGGAGCAAAGGCAGUGGCGGCAGCGGCUUCACGGGGGGCACGGUGUCCUCGUCCACGCCGAGCGACGGCCCUCCGGAGCUGAGCGCAGAGCUGCGCGGCGCCAUGGGCGCGGCGGGCGCGCACCCCGGGGACAAGCUGGGCGGCGGCGGCGGCGGCUUCAAGUCAGCCUCGUCCAGCACUUCGUCGUCCGCAUCGUCGGCGGCCGCGUCGUCCACCAAGAAGGACAAGAAGCAGAUGACGGAGCCCGAGCUGCAGCAGCUACGCCUCAAGAUCAACAGCCGCGAGCGCAAGCGCAUGCACGACCUCAACAUCGCCAUGGACGGGCUGCGCGAGGUCAUGCCGUACGCGCACGGCCCGUCGGUGCGCAAGCUCUCCAAGAUCGCCACGCUGCUGCUGGCGCGCAACUACAUCCUCAUGCUCACCAACUCCCUGGAGGAGAUGAAGCGACUGGUGAGCGAGAUCUACGGCGGCCACCACGCGGGCUUCCACCCGUCAGCCUGCGGCGGCCUGGCGCACUCGGCGCCCCUGCCCGCCGCCACGGCGCACCCCGCUGCCGCCGCGCACGCCGCGCACCACCCCGCGGUUCACCACCCCAUCCUGCCUCCCGCGGCCGCGGCCGCCGCCGCCGCCGCGGCCGCCGCCGCGGUGUCCAGCGCCUCCCUGCCCGGCUCCGGGUUGUCGUCGGUCGGCUCCAUUCGGCCCCCGCAUGGCCUGCUCAAGUCUCCGUCCGCGGCGGCGGCGGCGGCGGCGGCGGCCCCGCUGGCGGGCGGGGGCGGCGGCAGCGGGGGCGGCGGCGGCUUCCAGCACUGGGGCGGCAUGCCCUGCCCCUGCAGCAUGUGCCAGGUGCCGCCGCCGCACCACCACGUGUCGGCCAUGGGCGCCGGCAGCCUGCCGCGCCUCACCUCCGACGCCAAGUGAGCUGCCGGCCGCCGGCGCGUUCUGGCGAACGGAGGGACCCGGGGGCUGCGGGGAAGCGAGGCCUGGCCGGCACUGGGGCCCGGGAGCUCAGUUCCCAAGAUCACAGGACGUUGGGCUGGGGGUGGGGGUGGGGCGCAAUGAUGAGGACGUCAGCACUGGGGAACCGAAGCAAUUGGGGGGCGCGCACCGGACAGUGGGGAGUGACAGGGCCGUGCGCUCUGGGUGCAGCCCUCUCUGGCUUUAAACAGCGCUGCUCCGAAAGAAACCAUUGUAAAAGAAGGCACUGCUGUGUGCACCCCUCCCUCGACACCCCCCUCCUCCCUCCCACUUCCAAAAAAAGUGAUUCUUAAAUUGGUGGUUUCUUCUAGGAUGCGGGCCGCGCUGGGCCCUGGCAGCCCUUCGUUACAUGGGGGAGGAGGAGGAGGGAGGAUCGCUUUGGGGACUUCCUCUCCUUCCUCCUUUCUUGGCGGGUAGGAGACUUGGGAGAAGCUGUAUUCCAGGAGCGGCCGUCAGGCCUCGCCUUCAAGGGUCGUCUCUGGCCCUGAGCCAGGGGCUACGAGCUAGCCGAAAAUUGGCACCCGAUACCAGAAGCGUUGACGGUCUCGUCCAAUGUGGGUAAACCCACAACUGCGUGAGAACUACUGCGGUUCCUGCCUGUCGCCCCUAUUGCUUUUAAGGGUGUGUUUUUUUUUUUUUUUAAUAAAUCUAUGUUCCGUAUUCAACAAUACAAGCAGGCCUUCUAGAAAGUCAGACUAGAACCACUUGUGGAUUGGAAUAAUCUAAAACUGUCGACUUUGGGGGCGGUUUUUGUUUUUCUUUUUUGGGUUUUUUGUUUUGUUUUGUUUUGUUUUGUUUUGUUUUUAGUUAUUUUCAGAUAGACUCUCCCUCCCUGCCUCCCCAUUCUUUCCGUCUGUAAGCACAAAGUGAUUUGGUUUAUUGCCCGACUUGGGGGCAGUCAUUCUGAUACCCGAAGGUUUGACGGAACUCAAAGGCUGUUGCUGUGAAUGUGGUUGGAGUUACCUGGGAGUUCUGUUGGCUUUUGAGGUUUUUCUUUCUUGGGUGUGUAAAUAGAUUAUCAAUAAUGAGGCCAGUGCUGCUGCGAAGCUGUUUGCUCACGUGACUGCCAGCCCCACCGGAGUCUGAGCCCGGCCUCCUAUAUGUCGGUUUCUUUUUGCCACGUUUAACACGAAUGACAAACUCUCCCACGUGCUUCUCGCGGCCUCCGAGAACUGCCUGGGCGCCUCCCGCGCGUUGCGGUACCGGGCUUUACAGCGUCUGCCGCGUAACAUCUCUCCUCCGCUCGCGGUCCUGCAGAGAGUGUAUCAUCUGUUUUAUUUUUGUAAAAAGAAAAAAAAAGUGCUAAAUAAUAUUUAUUACUUGUUUGGUUGCAAAAACGAAAUAAAUGAUCGAGUGUUGAGAUUUUAAAUAAAAGUGACAAGUCC